AUGCCAAUCGACUUCCACCUCUCGCCCACCGAAUCAGGCGUCCGCGCCUUGGCCCAAUCUUUCGCCCGCGAAGUUCUCAUCCCCUUUCGAACCUCUCCCUCCUCCUUGUCUCCCUCUCAGAAAGACCGCUUCGCCGGCACCCGGUCUCUCUACUCAGAAGCGGUGGCCCGCGGCCUCAUCAAAGCCCAAAUCGCGCCCCCGCUCGGCGGUACAGGCGGUUCUCUCGUCGAAGCAGCCUUGCUCGUGGAAGAGUGCUAUGCGGCGGACCCAAGUGGGACUUCGUUGACUGUGUUUGGGACGGCACUAGGACUGUUGCCGUUGCAACUGGCUCCGGAGGCCGGCAAGUAUGUUGAGUUCCUGAAGCCGUUUUUGGAAGCCGGAGAGGGAGAUGCGCCACUCGCGAGCUUGGUGUUUAGUGAGCCUGGGGGAACGGCGAAUUGGCUUGAGCGUGGGGCGCCGGGGAUGAACACUACGGUGAGGAGGGAAGGGGAGGAGUGGGUGGUUGAUGGGGAGAAGGUCUGGGGUACUAAUUGCGCUGGGUGGGACGACCGUGGAGCAGAUCUUCAGGCUGUCGUGUGUCGCGACGUAACGACGCCUCCUCGCGAGGACGAAGAUCCAAAGGCUAGGAUCGUCAUCGUCCUAGUAACCCGCGCAGAUAUCGCCCGCAACGGCGAUGCCUCAUUCCAGGUGGUGCAGCACAUGUCUACGAUGGGUCACAAAUCCUACUCUGGCGCUCACGUCCGCUUUUCGAACCUACGCGUGCCGUCCAAGAACAUUCUCUGUGGCCCCGGCCCUGAAGCAGUAGACGCCGUGCUAUCCUCCUUUGACAACACAGGCGUACUCGUGGGCGCCAUGGCGACAGGCGUCAUGCGAGGGGCUUUCAAUGCUGCCCUGGCGUUUGCAAAGUCAGAUAGCCGCCGAGGCGCAACGCCGCUUCUUGAGCGCCAGGCUGUGGCAGACAAGCUGGGCGAUAUCAAGAUGAAAGUUGAGGCUUGUAGAGCGCUCACUUGGAAAGCCGGGCAUGCGCUGAGGAACGGACCGGGAGCGUAUCAGGAGAGGAGGGAGUUGGCGCUUGCGACAAAGGUGUUCUGUAGCGAAUCGGCGGUUAAGGCUGUUAUUGAUGCCAUAGAAGUGGUGGGAGUGUAA